GGUGUGCUUGCGGCAAUUAGAAUCAGCUGUGGUGGAUAUCCUCCUAGACAGACCUUUUAUGAGUUUCUUAACUGAUUUGGUGUUCUAGCCCCCGAAGUUUUGGAUGGAAACUAUGAUGAUAAAGUCGCAUGCCAAAUUAUCCUAGAUAAAAUGGUUUGAAAGUCUACCAGAUGAUUUAACUGCUUCUUGUAGCUUGAUAUGUUUACAGUUGCGCAUGGGAGGGACAAGACUUGAAAUUGAAGGUAGGUAAGACAGAUUUUCCUAAGAGCUGGUCAGAUGGCUGACCUGGAUGCAAGAAGAGCCGUGGUGCUUGGAAAUGCAGAAAGAACUAUCCAAAGACAAAUACGCACCUAUAUUGCACGCAAGGAGUUCAUUGAAUUGCGGCAAGCUGCAAUUUACUUGCAAUCUAACUUGCAAGGCAUAUUGGCUUGGAAGCUGUAUGAGCAGUUGCGGAGUGAAGCAGCAGCUGUGAAGAUAGGGAAGAAUUUCAGAGGAUACAUUGCAAGGAAAUGUUCCCUAACAGCACGAUCAUCUGCAAUCACACUACAGACAGGUUUAAGGGCAAUGAAGGCUCGUGAUGAAUUUAGAUUUAGAAAGCAAACAAAGGCUGCAAUUAUUGUACAGGCUCGCGUGCGUCAACAUAUUGCACAUUCUUAUUAUAGAAGACUGCAGAAAGCUGCAGUUGUUAUUCAAUGUGGCUGGAGGAAAAGGGUUGCUAGGAGGGAACUCAGAAAACUUAAAAUGGCUGCAAGAGAAACAGGGGCUCUUCAAGAGCGAAGAACAAACUAGAAAAGCGUGUUGAGGGACUUACAUGGCGUUUACAAAUUGAAAAGCGUUUGAGAGCUGAGUUGGAAGAGGAAAAGGCACAAGAAAUUGCCAAGUUAAAAGGAUGUAUUGCAUGCGAUGCAAAUGCAAGUAGAAGAAGCAAAUGCCAAAGUCCUUAAAGAAUGUGAGGCUGCUCGGAAAGCAAUUGAAGAAGCACCCCCACUUAUCAAGGAGACUCCUGUAAUAAUUCUGUAUUUUCACUCUUUUCUCUGAUAUAAUCCUCAGAAAUCAAUGAGAAUACAUUUUCAUAUUUGAUUCCCAAA